UGCUGAGGCGCGGCGAGACGCUGGCAAUAGGCUCAAAACGCGGCCUCUGCGAGGGCAUCGCUCUCAAAAACACCCGCAUCGCUGCGCAGGCAUCACUGCGCAAGUGUUGCACCGAAUCUGCACUGCACAAAGCACAGCACAUCACGCACAGCCUGCAGCACCAGAAUGAAGGUCAAAGUCAUCGCCCGCUCCGCGAAGCGCGAGAUCAACGGCGCGGACCCGAAAUUGGCCCGCAGAAAUUUAGAUCCGAAGCACCACCCCUUCGCCCAAGCGAGAGAAUACCAAAGGGCCGUCGUCGCCGCGAAACUGGAGAGGAUGAUGGCCAAGCCCUUUGUGUGUGCGCUGGAGGGGCAUUCUGAUGCAUUGACAGCCUUAGCGGUACCGAGAAGAGGUGUGCUAGUACAAUGUGUGAGCGGCGGCGCCGACGGCGAGGUGCGCGCGUGGGAUUUAGCAGCUAGACAAUGUGUGUGGUCCUCAGGCGCCGCCCACGUCGGCGCCGUCAAGGGCCUGACGCUGACGCGGGACGGCACGGACGUGCUGAGCUGUGGCGAACGCCAGAUCAAAAGGUGGCGCCUCGAAGUCGCGCAAUCCACGGGACAGCGGACCCAAAUCACGCUAAACGACGCCAAACCCCCGCUCGAGACCUGGACCUCGUCCACUACACUCAACGACGUCGACGCGUCGUGGCAUCGGAAGACGGCCGGCGCGUUCUGCACGGCAGGUGCAGAUGGUCUGGUGGAGCUCUGGGAUGCUGCACGAUCACAACCCUUGCGGACGUGGACCUGGGGCUCGGACAGUGUCUUCAAGGCGCGGUGGAACCCCGCCGAGCCUUCAUUAUUGGCAUCGACGUCGCGAGACCGAGCCGCGACUUUAUUCGACAGUCGCGCACCGACGCCCCUGAGGAAAGUUAUCCUGCGAAGCCCAUGCAGAGCAUUGGCCUGGAACCCGCGCGAGCCGACGUGCUUCGUGGUGGGGGGCGAGGACCACGCUUGCUACACUUUUGAUUGCCGGAAGCUGCAGCGGCCUCGCAUGGUGCACGAAGGCCACGUUUCGGCGGUGGUCGACGUGGCCUUCGCUCCUACCGGCAAGGAGUUCGCGGCGGCCUCGACGGACAAGACCGUGCGGUUGUUUCCGGCGCGAGGCGCCGAUGCUGGGCGUUCUAGAGAUGUCUACCACACGUCGAGGAUGCAGGCUUUGUCUUCGGUAAGGUACACGGCCGACGCUACUUUUGUGCUCACCGCUUCGGAAGACUUCAACCUUAGAGUGUGGAAAGCUAGAGCGUCGCAGCGACUGGGACCCAUCAGCAGGAGGGAGGCUCUCGCCGUGGACUAUCGGGCGAAGCUCGUGGAGCGCCACGCGCACAUGCCCCAGGUCAAGCGUUUGGUGAGGCGGCGGAACCUGCCGAAGAUGGUGAAGAAGAUGAGAGAUCGCAGGGACGAGGACCGGCAAAGACGCCGGGAGAAGCUCCAGCGGACGAUGGACCACUCGCGGCCCGGGUCCGUCGUGCCGACGGCGGCGCGCGGGGCCGUCGUCGUGCGGGAGGUGUCCUAAUUGUGUCUUAUUAG